AUGGGCCCCAGCCCCAAGGGGAAGGAGAUGAUUGUGAUCGUCUCCGUCCUGGUCGGCCUCACGUGCUUGAGUAUGACCCUGCGGUUUGUUGCCAGGAUCAAGCGGCGGACUGGUUUUGGAGUAGACGACUGUCUCUGCUUCGUGGCUGUUGUGCUGAUGCUGGGGAUGUUGAUCGAGCUGAUCUUGUGGUGUUCUAUCGGUGGUAAUGGCUACCAUGUCUCUGAUCUUAAUACUAGAACUAUUGAGUUGUUCUAUCAAAUAUUCCUGUCCAGCCAGUUCACCUAUUUCGUCUUGACGCCUGUAAUCAAGAUCUCCUUCAUCUGUUUCUACCGCCGCCUCUUCACCACUAAACACUUCCUCCGCUUUACUUUCGGUCUGAAUAUUCUCAUUGCCGCAUGGUCUUCGGGUAUCUUCCUGGCCUGUGCAUUGCAAUGCCGCCCGCUCCGCGCAUACUGGGACAUAAAUGUCAAGGGACGCUGCUUCAGCGCGACCACCUACAUCAUUGUGAAUCAGGCGUUUAACGUCCUCAUGGACUUUGUCAUCCUCGCAGUCCCGGUACCCAUGAUCUGGAGACUACAUCGCUCAUGGCAGGAUAAGCUGGCGUUGAACGCUGUUUUUGCUCUGGGCGGAUUAUCCUUAAUCGAUGAUGAACAACGUCUGAUAUUUAGGCUUCUUACUAGCGUGUGCUUCGCUAGUAUUUAUCGAAUAAUAGUAUUAUUCUAUAUCGACUUGAAAGACGUGACAUGUGAGAUUCUCUGUGGCAGUGACAAUGCCUCUGCUUCAACUGGAAGCAAGUUGACUCUGAAACUAGAUACCAUCUACGAUGCCACUCUAUGGACCCAUAUCGAGCCAUCCGUCGGGCUAGUCGUUUCCUGUCUCCCAAUCAUCCGCGGAAUGUUUCCACGAUGUACAUCGGCGGGUCAGAAGCAACGGACAAGGUCCAGUUUCGGGCAUUCUUCGACUGGCACAACUUUGUCUGGUGGUAUUGAUCAUGAGUGUUUUGAUGGUCGGAAAGGACUACGAGGCGGGUGUGCAAUCAGUGGAAGGGCCUGUCAUCGGUCUGAAAGUGCGCUCGAGCUCGAAAAUAUAAGAGUGACGACUGAUAUAGAGGUGCAAAUUGGGUGA